AUGUCCCUCUCACCAGAGGACAACGCAGAAUUCUGGCUCUACGGAUACGGGUACGCAUAUAUUUUUCCAUUCGCUCAGCAUGGCCAUCGUCACGAGAAAGCAGCAGCUUAUUUCGCCGUUCAGGAGCCUGAUAUGGAAACCGCCACCGCAUUUCGAUUCUGGCAGCAGUACCUUGACAUUCGCGAAAUCAACGGCUACUCCAUCCACUACGCGCCCUUCCACCCAUCCGACGGCUCACCGCCCCUCACGACUCUCGUCUACAUCGGAACGCCCGACAACGAGCAGUUCGUCGGGCCACAGGACCCCCAGAAGCUCGCCGAGCACAUCCUCGCCAGCCGCGGCCCGAGCGGCCUCAACAAGGAGUAUCUGUACAACCUCGACGCCGCUCUCCACGAGCUGGGUCCCGAGAGCGGAGAUGUUCACAUCAGCGACCUCGCCGCCCGCAUGAGGGCGCUCGAACGUCGCGCUCUCGACCAGGAUCCCGUCACGAACAAGGCUGGAGAUGCGGACGCGCUCGAGCUCAUCCAUGACGUGCACUUUAGGCAGCCUACCAGCACGAUGGAAGCCGAGGAGAUUGAAAAGGCGUAG